GGCGUUGGCUGGCCGAAGGCGGAGGCGGCGACUUGGCCCCGGGCGCUGUUUCUGGUGGGAACUGCUACUUGGAAGCAUGUGUCCCUGGAUGGUGCUCUGGGUCCUUUAGCACCUCCAGAGUGCUGCCUCGGAUACAUUUGGUUUGGGACACCAGCGGGUGGAACAUUGCUGGCUGUGAACAUGACCAAGAUCUUAGUAGCCAAAGUGCUGUGCCUGGUGGGGGUGUUUAUCCUCAUGCUACUUGGCUCCAUCCUGCCCGUGAAGAUCAUCGAGGCUGAUUAUGAGAAAGCCCAUCGCUCCAAGAAAGUCCUCUCACUCUGCAAUUCUUUUGGAGGUGGUGUUUUCUUGGCUACCUGUUUCAAUGCCUUGCUCCCUGCUGUGAGAGAAAAGCUCCAAGAAGUUCUGAAAGUUGGGAACAUCACCACAGACUAUCCCUUAGCAGAGACCAUUAUGCUUCUGGGGUUCUUCAUGACUGUCUUUGUGGAGCAGGUCAUUUUGACCUUCAGAAAGGAGAAGCCCUCUUUCAUUGACCUAGAGACCUUCAAUGCAGGCUCUGAUGUGGGAAGUGACUCAGAGUACGAGAGCCCCUUUAUUGGAAACUCCCGUGGACACAACUUUUACCCAGAGCAUGGUCAUCACUCCCAUGGUCAUGGCUUAAAUGUUCAAGAGCUCUCCCGCUCCAGCCCGCUCCGUCUCUUCAGCCUCGUCUUUGCUCUGUCUGCUCAUUCUAUCUUUGAGGGUUUGGCCUUGGGCCUGCAGGAAGAGGGGGACAAAGUCAUGAGCUUGUUUGUUGGUGUGGCCAUUCAUGAGACAUUAGUGGCUGUGGCCUUGGGGAUCAACAUGGCAAAGAGCUCAUUGCCGAUGAAAGAUGCAGCCAAGCUGGCUGUCACAGUGAGCUUGAUGAUCCCUCUGGGCAUUGGGAUUGGCGUGGGCAUUGAGAGGACCAAAGGGGUGGCCAGCAGUGUGGCCUCGGUGCUGCUACAGGGCUUUGCAGGAGGAACUUUCCUCUUUGUGACCUUCUUUGAAAUACUGGUGAAAGAAUUAGAAGACAAGAAUGACCGUCUCUUGAAAGUUCUCUUUUUGGUGUUGGGCUAUGCAGUCCUUGCAGGACUGGUCUUCUUCAAGUGGUAGAUGAAAUGAGAAAAGUUUCGCUAAAGCACUCCAGCUUUUCCAUGGAGGCUCCAGGAAGGCAGAGCCCAAACCUGAUGGAUGCUCCCCCCUCUCUCCCCAUCUACCAGCCAGCAAAGAGGAAGAACUGCCACCCCUGAGCAGCUUGUACAGAAGAUGGAAUGUUUCCCCAGACACAUUGCUCAGUGGUCCCUGCCUGUUGGGCCUUCAGGUGGUGUUGAGCAUCUGGGCUAUCUUAUGUGUGCUUAGAAGCUAGAGCUCAGCAUCUGGAGGGGAUCAGUGGCCUGCCAGAUAGUUUCUUGUUGGUUGUAAUAUUCCCUCCAACAUAUAUAUAUAUAUAUACAUAUAUGUCA